AUGAGUGGUCAAAAUGGAAGUGGUGGUGGGCCUUGUGGUGCCUGCAAGUUCCUUAGAAGGAAGUGUGUAAAGGGUUGUAUAUUUGCACCAUAUUUUGACUCUGACCAAGGCACCACUCACUUCGCCGCCGUGCACAAGGUGUUUGGAGCCAGCAAUGCUUCUAAAAUGCUUCUAAGAAUUCCGCCGCACAAACGCCUCGACGCGGUGUUUACUCUUUGUUAUGAGGCUCUCGCAAGGGUUAAGGACCCUGUCUAUGGUUGCGUUGGCCACAUCUUUACUCUUCAGCAACAGGUCGUUAAUAUGCAGGCGGAGUUAGCAUACGUUCAAGCACGCAUAUCAACUUUGCACCGCAUUCCUCCGCCACUUCCGCCGCCUCCUCUACAACCACCGAGUCUUUCCUCUGCCAACGUUCAGUCCUCAUCGGGUUUCAUGUGCAGAUCUAACAUAAUGACUCAUUUCGACACCUCCCAGUCUGACGAAACAUCGACAGAAAUAGCAAGCUUUUGUAAUGCAGUUGAUGAAGAACUAAAAGAUGGUGAUCUCCAGUCACUAUAUGUUUCUAGAUGCUUAAAUGGUGUUAAAUUCCGGCCUUCCACUUCACACUGA